AUAACUGCGACAAAAAAUUAGCUUGCUACCGCGCGCUCCUGACUAUUAUAAAUAUUCGCUGUAUAUUUAUCAACUGUUUACAAUAUUGGACCGUACGAAGAGAAAAAACAUGAUAUUCAUUGUAAAUAUGCAAUGAAACCCGAAACUCGUUUCAUAUGCAACGAGAUGGUCGAAGAUCGCGUUCAGGGACAUCAGUACCUUCCUUACUUGAUCAAGUCUGGACCAGUGUUGUCUAAGAACAGUGGUAUUAAACAAAAUUGGCCUUAAAUUAUGUCCAUUAUGAGGGUUGUGGCUAUUACCGGUUGUGACAGUGGUCUAGGAUGGGCUAUAGCCGCUAGGACAGCCCGUGAAGGAAUCGUUACUGUGGCAGGCAUGUAUAAUGGAGUUGAUACCAGGGCAGCAGAGAGUUUGAAGAAGUUAAGUGCACAUCCUUACUCCUUGGAUGUGACGAACCCAGAUAGUAUUGCUGGGUUUCAUGAUUACGUCAAAAGCUUGCUGAAUGACAACCCUAACUAUAAACUCCAUGCAAUCGUAAACAACGCUGGUGUGAUGACAAUAGGUGAUUAUGAAUGGCAAACAGCCUCCAUGAUUGAAAACUCAAUAAAUGUAAACCUCCUCGGUACCAUGAAGGUCACUUCUGCCUUCCUUCCAGAUUUAAGGCAGAGUGCUUUAGAGAACACGAGUUCAUCAAAACCUCGUAUCAUUAACAUCGCCAGUCACUGUGGCUUGCGUCCGUUGCCUGGUUUCGCAUCGUACAGUGCCAGCAAGGCAGGUGUGAUAGCCUUAACUAAAGCUUUGAGGCUGGAACAUCGCAGACAUGGAUUGAGUGCUGUCGCUUUUAUACCUGGUGGCUUCGUCAGUUCCAGUAACAUAAUAGCAAACCAAGGACAACAAGGACAAAACAUGCUCGAACAUUUGAAUGAGGAACAGAAAUCUUUUUACGGGCAAAGAAUAACAACACUCUCAAAUUAUCUUCAGUUGGCGACGGCUCAUGAUCCAAGAUAUGAUUCUAUGAAAGACGAGAAUAUUAUUGAAACAUACGUCAAAGCUUUGACUGACGAUGAUCCUAAACAAAUGUAUAAAAACCUGCAAUAUAAACUACAACGUAAAAUCAAAGUGUUUAAUACUACUGAUCCACUACCAAACCGAGGGUACAACUUAGUUGCUUGUGCCAGCAAAUAUGGUAUUGUUUUUGUAGCUUCACCUGAUGGGCAUCUGACAGUAUAUCACCUACAACAACUGAUUGACAAAGAGUGUGAGCCUCAGCAUACAACUGUGAAGUUACAAGAGAAACCAACCCAUAUAGCCACAAGCUGCGACCAGGAACUGCUGGCGGUAACUGGUGGACAACUACUGUGCAUCUUUAAAGUCACCGACUUCCAAAAUCCAAAUGUAGCACCAGCUCUAACAAUAAGAUGUGAAGUCAACCCAUCCACCUUUGUGUCAGCUUUACAAUGGAACCCUUGCAUUCCUGAUACCAUCGCCAUAGCCUUCUACGACGGUACCCUUCUUGUGGCACAGGCCAGCACAUCGCAAGUUGUGAAGGCUGCUUCUAAAGCAAGAUGCCUCUGCUGGAGUCCUAAAGGCAAGCAGUUUGUGACAGGCAACAGUGAUGGUACUCUCACUCAGUACAAACCGGACUUAACUCCAGCUAAGACCAUUCCUGCUCCCAAUUUGUUUGCAAAUGCGCCCGUGGAAGCAUUAGCGGUGUACUGGAUUUCAACCUUCCAGUUUGCUGCGGUCUAUAAAAAUGCUACGGAUAAUAGUCGCCCUGCCGUAACUAUCAUAAAUACGCCAAAAGCUGGCAAACCUAGCUGUCAAAACUACGAAGAUAUUUGCUACAGUAUGGGCUCCAAUAGACCUUGGUACUACUACUUGCAAGGAUUAGCACAAUGGAAUAUUAUAAUGUCGGCAUCGUCCAAUGGCAUGGAGAUAGCGACUCUUGGGUCUGCAGAUGGAACUAAUUGGGUGCAGUGGUGUCAGAUUGAUGAAGCGAGGCCGGAGCUGCCUCUAACGGACAAGAAACAGGAGAACUACCCUGUUGGCGUUUGUAUUGACACAUGUGCUACACAUCAAAUACAGUGGGACCGGUCUGCUGUCAGUCUUCAACAUAAUCUCCUUGAACAAGCGACACAGGUCUGCUCGCCUCCGCAACAACUUGUACUUCCUGCAGCCGCUAUGACAAGUGCGAUACCAGGAGAAGCUCCUCAAGUUGCCCCGGCGCCCGCGCCAGCUCCGGCGCCCGCUCCGGCCCCCGCCCCUGUUGCACCUGCACAGCCAAAGCCUCUAUUGCCCCAGCCGCCACAAAUGAUGUCGCAGUUACAAGCCCAACUAGCGUCUACACCCACCCAACCAGCUCCACAGUUCAGUAUACUUAACAUACCAAAACCACCAAGCUAUGCACAGUCUCAGUCGCAGCUAUUUAGUACAACAGGCUCAGCUCCUGUCCAAACCAUACCAAAACCGGCUCCAGUAGACGUAAAACCGACACCAGCACCUCAACCAACAGUACAGGCUGCUGCGCCACAAAGUCAGCCAGCUGCCCCCAAACCUCAACCGGCACUGGCGCAAGAAAAUGCCGCGAUAAAAGCAGAACAAGAUAAAAUAAAUGAAAUGAAAGUGAACCAAGAGUUGAAAAAUAUGCUUGUCAAAGAAGUGAACGACUUUCAAAUGGAACUGUACAAGUUUAUGGUAAAGACUAAGGAAACUCAAGCUAGGUUACAACGCGACAUAGAUUCAAUCAACGCUAAUUUCAACUAUACGUCGCAAGACGCGGAACAGUUGAGGAAGGAAUGUUCUUCCGAUGAACUGCGCAACGCCAUCGUACAACUCAAGUUGGAACUAGUUCGCGCGUGCGCUGUUGUCGCUGAAGCUCGGACGCAUGCUGAAUCAAAAGACAGUUAUCAAUGGACGAAAGCAGAUCCUCUGACAACAAAACGAGUGGCGUCUGUGAAGAAGUUGGCGUAUUACGUACAAAAUCAACUCGAGCAAGCGCAGAAAUCACUUGACAUUAAGUGGAAUGAAACUGUAACUAAAGACCCGCAGUUUAGCAAGCCAGGUCAGCGUAUGAUUCGCCCAAUCCUAGACGACGUAUACCAACCACUAGUGAAACAACAAGAGAUACUAAGUCGCCAACAAGCUGUACUACGAACUCUAAGGAAUACGCUCAACGAGUGUGACGUCACGCCUAUGUUCAAAACCAGCUCACUAUUGAGAAGCACGCCGUUUAGGAACAAGGAUCCCCUUUCGAAACUAACGAAGAAUAUCUUAAAUAUGAGUAUUGAUGCUACUGACAGUAAGAAGAAGGAACCGCUGCUGUCUUCUCAGAAAUUAGACGCUCUCAGAGACAUGUUGUCUAACCAUAAGACGAUUAAAAUCAAGCCGGUUAAUGUUGAAGUGAGACAACACUUGGCUACAAUGAGAAUGAAUUAUGAAAAGAGUAUGAAGGAGAAAGCACAGCCCAUAAAGACUGAAGUCCCUAAUCCGCAGCCUGAUGUUAAACCUCUGGUUAAGCCGGUUCAACAACAACUGUUUGCGAUGCCUAAAGUUGAACCCAAGUUGGAGCUGAAACAGGAGCCCUUCAAACCGGCCCCUCUCAACGUGCCAUCGUUUACCCCGGUCGGUGGAGUGAAACCCGCCAUCCCUGGCUUGACCAACGUUGCUCGAACACUGUUUACUGAUGAACCUAAACCAGAGCCACCAAAAUCUCAACCGCAACUGGCCCAGCCGAAGCCUGCAGCCCCUGCCUUUGCAUUCUCCAAUAGACCUGCAUCAGCUGAGACGCGCAGUGUACUGAAAGACCUCCUACAAAGUAAACAGACGACUAAAAACGAUAGUAAUAACUUAUUCAUGGGACAGAAAAUAUGUUCGCCGUCUUCGUUUUCGGCGACAACAACCGCACCAACAUCAGCACCUGCUCCAACACCAGCAUUUACAUCCAAACCCAUUGCUGACAUUAACAACAUGUUCAGUAAAUUCCAACCCCCGACAUUAGCACAAGACAAUAAACAAACUUUAGCUUCAGAACCUAAGCCCCAACCAUUAGUACCAGAACCUAAGCCCCAACCGUUAGUAGCAGAACCGAAACUUCCAUCUCUAACUGAACCAAAACCUUUCGCUCCAAAACCUGAAUCAACCUCAAUAUUCGCAAGUCCCAAGUCAAGUGAGACUGGAGAGCCAGAAACUGACAGUAAACCAGCUGUAGUUAAAUCAUCGACUAUCAACAAACCACUUACAAAUCUAUUUCAACUUAAAACUUCAACACCUGCUCCAAGUCCUAUUGUUCCUGACGUCAUAAAAACUACUAAAGAAGUAAAGGCUGAUACUAAACCCGCUGAGAAAGAAAAGUCUAAAGAAAAUGUUCCUCAAAAUGUAGAAAAUAAAGUUGCACCGAAACCUGUUAGUGAAAAUAAAGAAGCUCCUAAGCCAUUGACUGCACAAACGGCUAAUAGGACGUCGAUAUUUGGAUCGGCACCUCAAGCAGUUGCUGCAAGUACUCCUAUUACCAGUCAAAGUGAACCACAAAAAUCUGUGGAAUCGAAAGGAGAUUCUUUUAAAGUACCUGAAAAGAUUGUUUCAUCUUCUUCUAAUGUUUCUUCAAUAUUUGGUAGCACCAAUGUUGCAGCUCCUACAGAAACCAAAUCUCAGACCAGUGUCACACCUGAACAACCAACUUCGAAAUCAGAUACGCCUACAAAAGAAUCGGCAUCUACUGCUUCAAAACCUACACUUAAUAUUGCUGCAGCUUCUUCUACACCUUCAGCCGCUUCUGUAUUUGGAGCAGCGGUGGCUUCACAAUCAAAACCUUCAACUCCAACAUCCAUAUUUGCUACAGGUGCCACCCCAUCUCCAACUCCUGCUUCUGUCUUUGGUACAUCUUCGCAAGGCUCAAUAUUUGGAAGCACAUCGCCUACAUCUACGACAACUGCUCCAGUGUUUGGUUCUACAGCUCAAUCAGUAUUUGGUAGUGCUAAUAGUACAACCAAACCUUCAGUGUUCAGUACGCCUGCACCUGCAUCUACUGAGGCUCCGUCAUCACCUCAUUCGGUAUUCAGUUCAGCUGCAGCUUCAACAACUCAAGCGGUCUUUGGAUCUUCAACUACACAAUCCGUGUUUGGUUCUACGUUAACCACACAAGCUUCUGCAUUCGGUGCGUCAACUACUACAACUCAAUCUGUUUUUGGGACAGCCACUACGACGACACAAUCAUCUAUGUUUGGCAAUGCAGCUUCAAGUGCUACUAGUGCAUUUACAUCGACGGCUACACCGUCUUCGGGUGCACAGAGCAUAUUUGGUGCAGCAGCUAGUACGACUGCGCAGUCUGUAUUUGGAGGGCAAGGAACUUCUAUUUUUGGAUCAGCACCGCCUAACAAGACUGUAUUUGGAACAGCAACAACUCAAGCUUCUGUCUUCGGUGCGGCAACCGCUACUACUCAGUCAUCAGUGUUUGGAUCCCUACACCAACUACUCAAGCUUCAGUUUUUGGGACUGCACCAACUACCAGGCAUCAGUUUUCGGAAGUGCGCCGACUACACAAGCGGCGGUGUUUGGGAGUGCCCAACUAGUCAAACAUCUGUGUUCGGAACUGCGCCAACAACUCAAGCAUCGGUAUUUGGUAGCACGCCGACUACUCAAGCGUCAGUAUUUGGUACUCAGCCUACUACAACAGCUCAGGGUUCUCUCUUCGGUGGUGGUGAAGCCAAUUUGUUUGCGGCGGCCAGUAUAUCUACAACCAGCGCUCCUUCACAGACCAGUGGCGGCAGUAUCUUCGGAGGAGGGGCCUCGACUGGUUCCGUAUUUGGUGGCGGUGGUAAUACAAACGUGUUCGGUGGUAAGCCGCCUUUGGCCAGUCCAAUUCCACCGCGGCUGCUAUCUUCGGCGGUGGAGGAGCAACGAGCUUCGGUGAACAAAAACCUGCUACCAACUUCUGGUCUGGAGGAAGCAAUUCUGGAGGAGGAUUUGGAUCUACUGGUUUCGGUCAACAAGCUACAACAAGCGUCAUCAAUCUUCGGCAAUACAACAGGUGGUAGCUUUAGUACACCGUCUCCUGCUGGACAAGCGUUUGGCAGCCCUCAAACCCCAGCAUUUGGAUCGCCACAGCAACAAGCAGCUCCUGCAUUCGGUGGUUCGCCUUCAUUUGGUGCAAAACCCGUAUUCGGCCAGCUUCUGGUUUUGGGUCUCCACCUAGUGGUGGGGGCUUCGGCUCUUCAUUUGGAGGAUUCAAUAAGAGUCCCAGUGGAGGGUUCGGAGCACCAGCGGCCUUCGGAGGAGGAGCUACGUUCGGUGGAAGUCCAGCUUUUGGAAGUACGUCUCCUGGGAAAAUGUUUGGAGCUGCACAACCCAGUAACAGGUUUCGGUCAGCCGACGCAGUCAAACGCUACGUUCGAGAGCUUAGCGACUCAGAACACGUUGACAUUCGGCAACCUGGCGCAACAGGCGCAGGCGCCGCAACCACAAGCUCCUACCUUCAACACGUGA